AUAGCGAGAUUGUAUGCGAUUUACCAGAGGGAGGAAACAGCUCUUGAGGGCAAUGGAUAACGAUUUAAAAGCUACUUGGGGAUAAGGAAAGAGCAGUCACGGGUUUCGCGGAAGCUUGUGAUUGCGUCUGUUAAGGGGCGGGUUGCAAGAAUGAAACUUGCAGACAGGUUUCUUGGAGGCGAAGAGAGUCUGAGCGCCCAUUUUGCUGCGAUAGUGAUCUAGCCGUACUGCACCCGCUCACUGUUGCUGAGAAAUAUGAAACAACGUGUAUGCUUCUGAGCAAUGAGCAUAUGCAGAAUGUCCACCCACCCGCCAGCUAGAUUUAGCCUCUCAAAAAGUGCCUAUGAUUUGUGCACCUGGAAGCAAGUCUUAUUAAACACAGUGGGACUUUAUGGCAUGCACAGAUUGUGCUGUAAAUAUUACUUCAUGAGAUAAAGAAUAUUAUUUCACCUCUGCGUGCCCAGUGUGGAAAGGGAGCAGUGUUCACUCUAAGAGGAAUUCCCAGAAGUUGUUGACUACAACUCCCAUAAUUCCAAGCAAAAGCCAUUGCAGCUGGGCUUCCUGGGAAUUAUACAUCUGGGACUCUGUUAGAGGGAACACUGAAAGGGAGCUCUGAUGUCCUUUGCUAUGCAAAGAGCAAUAUGAUGGUAUCCACUGGCAGUGUUCUCUGGCAGCCAAAGCUGAUCAUGUUACUUUUCUAUCACAUACCAAAAGUAAGAAAACAACAAGCACUGUAUGCUGUCUCAAAAAAAAACAUUAAAAUCACAAUAAUUAUGCACCUUGAUAGUGCAGAAUUGUAUGGGGCCAUAGCUCAGAGGUAGAGCAUCUGUUUUGCGUGCAGGAAGACCCAGGUUCAAUCCCCAGCAUCUCUGAAAGAGCUGCUGCUCUGAAGAGCCACUGCCAGGCAGCUCAGACAACAGUGAGCUAGAUGGAUCAAUGGUUUGACUAGAUUAUAUCUCUGUAAGAGCUGAGGAUGACAACGCCGUUAUAAUUGAUGAUUCAGAAACAGAAGAUACAAAAAAUGGACUUGUGCCACAAGGAUGCAUGUCAGUGGAAAAAAACAUUCAAAUAAACAGUGAUGAUCAGUAUGUAACUCAGCUUGCAUAUGAAAAUGAAGAUUUAUUGGCUAUGGGUGAGCCACCUGCAUCACAGACAAACCUUUCUAUGAGUAGAUCAAGACUUGGCCACAGCCCAGAACCAAUGGAGUUUGUUUAUUUACGUAAAAGGCGCCGACCUACAUCUUCGCAGCUGGGGAUGAAAUCAAAGGAAGCUGAGUAUGAAGAUGGAAGUGUUAUUUAUGAAUAUGAUCCAGAUUAUGAAUGUGGAAGUGUUAUAUCUGAAGCUUCAUACACAGGAGAUCAACAGAAAACUCUUAUGGAAGUCCUUAAUUAUUGUCAGGCCAUGUAUGAUGCUAUACAGAAACUGGAUAAGAAGUUUGAUAGCCUUCAUAGAAAGGACUCAGAAAUGCAACACAGCCGGCUAAAACCUUUACUUUUCAAGCCUAGGCCAGUUGGGUUUACAUACAGAAGUUCUAGUAGUCUGUCACCUGCAAAAAUCAGAGUGCAGAAACCAAUGGAAAGAGGGUCAGGUCUUCAGAUUCCACCCCCUGGACAUGGAAAUCACAGCCCACCCAUGAAGGUUAGGCUACAAAGGGCCCAUAUUCAGGCCAGCCCUGCAGUAACAACUAUUCCACACACUCUUAAACCUGAAUCACAGCAAUCACUGCACAGGGAGAGCCCACCCCUCCCUACAAUAGUUUCUACUCAUUCACUGUAUUCUCCAUUCAGCAUGGCUAGUGAGAUUCCUGAACUUCCUUCACAAACCAGUCUAGCAACCAUAGUCAAUGAAAGCCCUGGUAAUGUGACAGUAGCUUCCCAAGUGGUAUCCUCAGCAAUGCCUACACCAUCAGCAAUGAAAUUGGAGAGGAACAAUAUGAUGAUCACCUACAAAGCUCCAAGUGGCAGUACAAACAUCCACAAUGAGAUGCCCCCUUCUUCUUCUUCAUCAUCCACUUCUAUCAAUCCAGCAAUAGCCUCCACUCAUUCAUUGUAUCCAUCAUUCAGCACAGCUAGUGAGAUGCCUGAACUUCCUUCACAAGCCAGUCUUGCAGCCACAGUCAUUGACAGUCCUGCUCACAUGGCAUCUUCUCCUGUAUCUUCCCAAAUGGUAUCAUCAGUGAUGCCACCUGAAACCAGCUUGGGGGAAAACAACAUGAUGGUAACUUAUAGAACAUCUGGAAGUACAAGUAUGAGUAACGAGAUGCCAUCUUCAUCUAUCAGUUCUAAUUUUGAGUUUGUUGGUGAUCCAAAAAGGAAUGUGAAGGUCCUUGGUAACUAUCUGAUGAAAGCACGACAAAAGACCAGACCAAAGUAUGCUGCUCGCUACUUAGUCCGUGUCUUGUUCCCAAAAGAAACAUUGCUGUGCAGUGUUAUGGGUGUGAGAGCACGAGGGCGCAGGACACUGGACCCGAACAAAAUAGCUGCUAUAAGAGAAUUUCUUGCAACUUAUUUCCUAAACUAUGAUCUGAGUGAGCAUGGAAGGGACUGGAAAACCUGUAUCACAAAUGUGAAUGCAAUGAUUCGCUGCUUACGUUAUGAAACCAAAACAAACCCAGAGAUCAUUGAAGGAAAAGAGAAACCUCCUGAUACUCCAGACACAUCUAUGUGUGUAGAUCUAGUUGAUAAUGGCGAAGAGAAUGAGGUCAAUUCUCAAACCACAUUGAAAGUGGCCAGUUCAACAUCAAACAAACUUCAGAAUUCAGCAUGGGAUAAUAAUAACCCAGAAGUGUUCUAUCCACCUCCACCCAGUAAACUGCCGUCUUUAGAACCAAUGGCAACCCUUGGGAAUCCAUUGCGGAAUGUUCAGUUGCCCUUCUCAGUUAUUUAUGUCGCCAAGGGAAAAUCUCGGCCAGAACUUUCAGCACGCUACUUGAUUCGUCAUCUCUUCACAGAGGAUGUCCUGGUAAAAAGUAAUGUAUAUGGCAAUCUGGAACGUGGGACAUACCCAUUGGACUGCAACAAAAUCAAUGCUCUUAGAGACUUCCUCCAAGAGAAUUACCCAUCUUUUGAUCUGAUGGAAACUGGAUAUGACUGGAAAGCAUGUGUUGCAGCUAUAAACAGUACAAUUCGCAGCCUGAGAUAUGACCAUAAAAGAGCUUCAGCUGGAGUCCGGAGCAAAGCACUGGCUGAAACAUUACCAUUGUCACGAAGUUCAAAAAGUCUUCUGUGAAGUCCCACUGCACUAUAACCCCAUAAAAGCAAUAUUCUUGUCUGUCAGACUGUGUAAUGUGUCUAGCUACCAGCUUCAUGUGGGCUGCAGCCUCAGUGGACUUUGUCAAGAUGUGAUACAAAUGUUCACUUUUAAGAAUUGUCAACUGAUCGAUUUAGUUUCUAAAUAAGACCACAUUUAUUCAAACAGAAUAAGAAUUUGGGUUCUAAUAUCCUACCUGUGAUACUUCUGUCUGCUGUAGAUUAUGAACAAUGCAAGCUUAAAAGAACCUCAGUGGAUACAGUGGAGACCACUGAGAAAUCCUAUCCCCAGAAGAAAUAUUGUGUGUGUGUGUGUGUGUGUGUGUGUGUGUGUGUGUGUGUGUGUGUGUGUUUUAAACUGGGCAAUGCAUUCUCCUCCUCGUACUCCCAUAAUUCUACCAUGAAAGUGAAGAGUUGUCUGGAUUUUUGAAGGUGCACAGGUCCUUUGAGGGCCAAAGCAGGUGUUAAUUCUCAUGUCACACAGUCUUCUCAUUCAGCUGUAAUACCUCAGAGAGAUUAGCCUUUUUUCUGAUGUGUCAGCACUUCACAUGGCAUAUAACUUUAACAUGGGUGUGCUUUCAAAUACAUACAAAAUCUGAAGUGGUACAGUUAUGUGAGAGGUUUGGACUGCAUCAGAAAGUGAAUGGGUUAUUUAGUACUGGGCUAUAUACAGUAACCAAAACCAGUAGAAUCUUUUGCAUUUUACCAACACUUGUCUACAGAGUCAUUCACACGACCAUUGCAGCAGGCACACGACGGAUUGAGCAGACACACGACUGCUUGCACCCUUUUAUCCAGGCGAGGUAGGCCUACCCAAGCCUGAGCAGGGCUGCUCUUGUGAACAGCACUACCAUCCCACUCUCUGCUUUUCUUUUCCUCAACUUAGAACAAUGCCUGUUGGUAUACUAUUUCAGAGUACUGCUUAGUUCCAAAUGCAUUGUGAGAAUGUGGUGAUUGACACGUGGAAGCUCCUCACACCCGAGUUAGUUUUUCUGGAGGUUGUUGACUAUUUGAAUUAAACAUCUAACAGAGAUGUAAAAUGAUAGCUCAAGGUGAUCUGUCUCAUCCUGGAUUUCUCUCAAGAAUAUGAUGAACUGUUGUGCUGUUCUCAUGGCUUGAUUGUGCAUUCUUUUGCAGCUAAUGUAUAGGUGACCCAUGAUGUAGUAUAGACUACAGGGAUUAGUUACACAUCAGCAUAGAUCUGGUGUUAUACCAAUUAAUGGCUUUGAGUCUAUAAAAAUAUGCCAUCAAAUUGAAAUUUUGCAUUAAACCUCAACUAGCAGUACUGUUUUGAAAAGUAUAAUAGAACACAAAAAGUUUUUAAGAAGUAUAGUAGAACACAAAAGUAAAGUAAAACAUGGUAGACAUUCAGUUUGAAACUCAACAGUGAUUGGAUUAUGGUAAUUGUGACUCCUUUAUGUAUAUGAGUUAGUUAUGUUAACAGUAAGUUUCAAAGAAUUGUUGCUUGUCUCUGAUUUAGGAUGGUUUUAUUGUAGAUUAAUUCUUCAAAUCAGAAAAUAAAUCUCAGAAAGUUUGAAUUAAGCAAAGCUUUUGUGUCAGAUGAGAGAUUGCUGAGCAGGGGAGAAUAAAGUGGGGGAAUAGCAAUCUAGAACUAAAUUAAGAAUGUAAAUAAUGUAGAUUGCUUAAUGCUGAAGGGCAUACAUUUCUUGAAAUAAAACUAUAUUUUGUUGGCA